AUGGCAGAGACGAGCUCCCCGGAACAGGAGAAACCUGCGGGGCCAGUUCCGACUGCACAGGCUGAGGAAUGCCACAGGAAUGCGGCGGGUGUACCGGGCACGCCUCUCCGUCUACCCAGCCACUACCCCGAGCUGGGAUGCGGGACGAGAGGAGAGAUCGGGAAACAUCACCAGGGACACAUCACAGCUCUCCCCCCGCGGGACCCAGGCUACAGCCGCAUCCUGGACAAAACCCCCGACCCCCACACUGAAAGCCAAACAAGUCUUCUAAAGUUAGUGAGCUUGCCACGGCCAGUUCAGCAAGCAGGAGGCGUAGAAAGCAACCGAGAGAAUACAAGAAAAGUGGGAAUUGAUAACUUUGGGACAAUGAGCACUAGCAGCCAACUAGGAGCUGAAACUGCUGAGCACCUUUCCACAGAUGUGUCUUCUCAAAUUGCGGGGAGUCCUGACUCCUCACUUACCUCAAACAGCAGAGUGCAGCAACAGAGUAAUGGAGGGCCCAGUGACGACAGGAGUGGAAUGUCAGGAUCGCCAGAUAGCUUCUUGCGAUUGAGCAUUGCAGAUUCGAGAAACAAAGUUUCUGAAGGCAGUGUUGUGAAUGGAAGUGAUCUCCCUCUGUCAGGCAAUCCAACACAGAGCAGCAGUGCAGAACACAUUGGCAGCCACAGCACCAUGAAUUCGGUUCUGUACGUCAGGGAAAUUGGAAGUGAUUCAGCUCAGCAACCCAGCAAAGAGUCUCAACUUGAUAGAGGUGAUGUGUUGCAGAAUGUGAAUUCCUCUGGACGUGCUCAACUGAUAAAUACUCUCCAUCAACUGAACCCUGAUCAGAAUGGUCUUAUUUCUGAAAUGCGUCACUCUCCAAUUAGUGAGGAAAGUGUACCUGCCAGGUUGAAAUUGGAUCAAGUCCCUGGACCACAGCCAAUUAAAUCCCCUCUCCUAAAUUCUGAAAAUGGGUCACUUCAAAAAACUCUAAAAUACUCUUUGGACUCCUUCAAAGCCGACACCAUUGAAAAGCCUCUUCUCGAUUCAAAAACUGCUGUUGUUCAAAAUCCUGCAGAGGAUUCAAAAGACUUCCAGGCCAGAAGCUUCAUCGUAGUUAAUCCAGGGUCUCAAGCACAGACAUUCAGGUAUACAUCCGAGAAGACAGGUCAAGAGGAAAGUGGUGAUCAACAACUCCAACCAACUGGAAGCCUCAUUCUAGAGAAUGAACUGUCUUCCACUAACACCUUCAUUCAAAAUCAAAGAGACAAAUGGCCCGCAAAUGUCUCAGACGACCCUGAUGGUCUAUCAGAAAUAGAUGGGUUUGCAGAUGCCAUUCGUAACUUGGAUUCUCCAAUGCUCUUGAGUCGUAACAAAGGACCUAGAAACCAGAGAACACUUUGCAUCUCUCCUCCUUUUGCCACAUUGCCUCCAAUAGAAGAGGAUCAAACCAACCCAAAGAAUCCUCUAUCUUCUCCAAACGCUGAGAAACCACAGCAGCUGUCAGGCAUUCUGGUUACUGAUGGAAAGCCUUUGUCAAGCCUCCCUUCCCAACCUGUUUCACCAGUCCCUCGAAUAGAUUUCUCAAAGACUCCAAAAAAAGAAAUUCUCACCCCUCUGGAGAUGAUGAAGAUGCAACUCGAGGAGAAGCCCAGAAUUGGCAUCCAACGUGCAUCUGCGGAGAACAGCAUAGUUUUUCAAUCGAGUCUUCUGGGAAGGACCAACCUGGCAUUCAAUGCAAAUUCAGAAAACAAAGAGCCCCUUGGUGCAGAAAACAAAUGGUCUCGACUUAGUAACAGCAUGUUGUACUCCAACUAUAAGAAACCCCUAGAAUCUUUCUCUAGCUCAUCGGAUCAUAGCCUGAAAUCAAUAACUGCGAGUUCAAUAAGUCCAUCGACUACAUUGCCAAAUCUUAUACACAGAAGUUUGUCAUAUGAAGGUGGCAGCACAACAACAAUGGCCACUGACCAGCAACCAACAACUUUCAUCGCUAGUAUGUUUGAAGGGGGUUUGAUGGAUACUAGAAGGCCCAGUCUGCCCUCUAGCAUCUCUGAAAGGCUGAUGACUGGGUACUCCAGUCUGUCAGAUACUAGCAGGAAACUUCAGUCCAGCAGAAUUUCUUUACCUUCUGAUUUAGGCCAGCAUGCAAUUGCUAAUGGAAAACCAAGAACAAUCACAGCUUUUCCAGAUGUAUGGAAACGCAUACCAAAGGACCAGGGAAAAAUUAACCCACGACCUGGCAAGAUCAUCAUUUACGACAAGCCAAACUUCACCGGCUUUCAGAGAGAAAUUAGUUGUGAUGUGCCUGAUUGCUCGUCAUGGCCUUUUCCUGCUGUGAUUUCAGUGAGAGUUAUUCGAGGAUGCUGGGUGGCCUAUGAGAAGUCAGAUUUUAAUGGGAAGAAGUUCAUAUUUGGAGAGGAGGAUAUCGAGUUGAUGGAUCCCUGGUCAGAGGAAUUUGAAGAUGAGACUGAAGAUCCUGACUCCAAACCACCUCCUACCAAACCCAUCAUCAUCGGCUCCAUCAGGAGAGCAGUCAGGGACUACACCAUACCACAAAUAUCUUUGUUCCCAGAUGCCAAUGGCGAGGGGAAGAAGCUGUCAUUUUAUGGUGAAUCCGAGGAUAUUCGGAUAUUUGGGUUUCCCCCAAGAACAACUUCCAUCGUUGUGAAUUCUGGACUAUGGCUUGUUUACUCGGAACCUUUCUUCGAAGGCCAGCAGAGUACGCUGGAAGUGGGUGGCUAUCGAACACUGGAGGAAUGGAGAGCAGAGAAAGCACAAGUGGGAUCUCUGAUGCCAGUACAAAUGGGUCCGCCCAGGGUGGAGAAGCCUUACGAACCCAAGAUCAGCAUUUUUGAGAAACCGCACUUUACAGGGAGAAGCAGAGAAGUGUACAGUGACUCCUCAGACUUCCUGUCCAGAUAUCCCAACACUGGUGCUGCUCUCUCAAACGCUGGCUCCAUAAAGGUGUAUGGAGGAAUUUGGGUUGGCUACUCAAAGGAAGGUUUCAGGGGUCAUCAGUACCUCUUGGAAGAAGGCGAGUUCCUGGACUGGAGGUCAUGGGGUGGCUGCGAUGAGGAUUUAAAGUCACUUCGCGUCAUUCGGGCAGAUUUUUCAAACCCUGCGAUUGUUCUGAAUGAGAAUAAAGAUGACAAGGGGAAAGAUUCAUUCAUGAUGGUCGAAUCAGUCCCAGACCUGGAGCCAGCUGAUGUCGAUGAUAUAAUACAAUCCAUUCAUGUUUUGAGUGGAGUAUGGGUGGCCUACGAGGGUGUCAAUUAUUCUGGAUCUCAGUACAUUGUCGAGAAAGGAAUUUACAGGAACCCUCAGGACUGGGGUGCCCAGAACUGUAAGAUUAGCUCCCUGCACCCUAUCUUACAGGUGGAGCCAAUUGAUCAGCAGCUGAGACUAAAGAUAAAGGUCUACUCGGAGUCCGAAUUCAGUGGACGCUGCCUGAUACUUGAGAAGAAAAAGAUAGGAAUCCCAAGAGAAUUUAAGAUGCAAUCAUGCAGAGUUCUAAAUGGCAGCUGGGCAUUAUAUGAGGGCCAGGCCUAUGAUGGGAGAGUCUUUGUGGUUGGUGAAGGAGAGUACCCAGACCUGCAAUCGAUGGGCUGCAGGAUGACCACCCACAUACGAAGUGUCAAGGCCAUCCCACAUGUCUUCUCUGAGCCUUCAGUCACUUUAUGUAGCUUGGAGAACUUUGAAGGGAAAGAGAUUGAACUGAACUCGGAAGUGAAAAACCUGCUGUCUGAUGGCUACAACAACCUGGUUCUGUCUCUCCGUGUCAAUGGCGGUGUCUGGGUGCUCUACGAGUACAGCAACUUCCGAGGUCGCCAAGUGCUCCUGGAGCCCAUUGAGAUUUCAAACUGGCCCAAGUACAGUGGCUUCUCCAGGAUUGGAUCCUUAUCACCAGUCUCACAGAAACCUGCAUUUUUCCAAAUCAAGAACAAAGAGACGAAGGAUUUCCUGUCGGUUACUGUGUGUCAGGAGGAUGUAAAGUCCGGACGGGUCAUCGUCGCUUCUGAGAAUAAGGAGCUGGAGCAGAUCUGGUUCUAUGAGAACGGGUUGCUAAAACCCAAAUUUGCUCCGGACGUGAGCCUUCAAACCAUUGGCACAGUAACUGAUGCCGGCAGUAAGGUUGUGCUCUGGUCAGAGAAACGGAUACCGAGUCAUUGCUGGACAUUUGAAAUGAGUGGCACAAUCCAGAGCCUCUUGUAUGAGGGGCUUGUGCUCGACAUCAAAGGCGGCAAGUCUUACGACCGGGACAGUGCGAUGAUUUGUAAAAGUGACGAUGAGAAUCCAACCCAACAGUGGGAGAUUCAGAUGCUGUAGCAAUAUUAACGGAUGAAGAGCAAAUUGCUGGAACCUCACACAAGAAGCCAUCCUCCCCUCCAAUCACCCUCUCCACUGCUCCCUUUGACCCUUGCAGCGCCUCACUCUGGGAGGAGGGUGUUCUCCAUUUACCAACAGGCACCCUCUGAGAUUCAGGUUCUGUCUGCCCCGGGUGUGCGUGUGUGUGUGUGUGUGUGUUCCCACAUUACAGCUGCCUCCAUCUUUAUUGUCUCCUAUAUAUGUGGAGACUUCCCUCAGAGUGUUGAUGGUGGAAUGGGGAAGGGAGGAAAGAGGUUGGGCGAAGGAAAGGUGGACAGCAGGGGGCAAAAACCACCGAGAGGAGGGCCCCGGGUAGUUUCCUAAACUAACAUUUUAAUCCAUUGUGAGUUUGGAAAUCCUCACCAGAAACUCCAGCUUGAAUCCUGGGAGAGGGAGUGGGACUGAGUGAUCCAGGAGUCAGAGGGAACUGUGUAUAUAUUUUUUUAAGCGUUAUUGCAGUUUAAGUGCACUAGUCAUAAAUAAUUUGUCAAAAUUACCUCCACCCAUGUGUAACAUUCUCACUCUGCUACUAGAGGGAGGAGUGAACAGAUUUUAUUUUAAAUGGAUUGUUGUUUUGGGUACAAUGGCAGGCUGAGAAAUAUUACACACUGUCAAAAAUCACUGUCACAAACACCAGUAGGUUCUUGGGUUGUGGGUGAUGCGGGUGAGGCUGGCAUUUAUUGCCUGAGACCAUUCACAGUCUGCCACACAGAGUGGGACUGAAGUCACACGUAGGUCAGUCUGUAUGAAGAGGUUUGGUUCCCUGAAACAUCUUAAUGAAGCAGUUGGCUUUUUGCAACAAUCGUGUUGCUGUCUUCACAGACUGUUGCCAGUCACAAAUUAUCAACUUUAUUGAAUUCAAUUUUACAGACAAACUUUGUCAGAUUUGAACUCUUAACCUAUUGAUUAAUAGUCCAAAAUCAUGACCACAGAGUGUGAAGACAGCAACAUGGAACAGCGCCUGAUGAUGUGAUAUGGAAUAGCCAUACUGUAAUCCUAUUGGGUCAGUGUAGAGUAUAUCAAAGGCACUGUACAAAAUAGGGAGGGGGAGGUGAUGUGUUAUGAGACAGCCUUUUUGUAAAGCUGAGUUAUUUAAAAAUCCCAGAGGAAAACUUUAAACAACUGUUAUAACCUAUAUUUUAAGUGGCAUCUUUGAGAUGCA